GCGGGGUUCUAUGGAUUGAGGCGAUUUUAGCUCCAGUAUGUUAUGACAGUGGACAGAGGGAAACACACAUUAUAAAUCAAAACCUACUUCCUUUUUUAAUGCGUGGCAAUGGACCACACUCCAAACUCGUCCUGUCGCUUCUAAAAACUAAACUAAAAAGCGUCCGGAAGCUGCCAACAUUCGCUGGAUUCGCACCUUUCUCCAUCCCGCGGUGCAGCCCAGUCCUGGAACCGGGUGGUUGGCUCACCUCCUCGGCCUGGAUUAUGCCCAUGUUUCGCCUAUGAUGGAGCGGGCCAUGGAGCAGCUCAACGUACAGCUGAACCGCCUGACACGCUCCCUGCGCCGGGCGAGGACCGUAGAGCUCCCGGAAGACAAUGAGACGGCCGUGUACACGCUUAUGCCCAUGGUUAUGGCUGACCAGCACCGGUCAGUGUCGGAGCUGCUGGUCAACUCCAAGUUUGACGUGAACUACGCUUUUGGACGUGUCAAAAGAAGCCUGCUGCACAUCGCUGCCAAUUGUGGGUCGGUGGAGUGUCUCGUCCUCUUGUUGAAACGUGGGGCAAAUCCGAACUACCAGGACAUCUCUGGCUGCACCCCUCUGCACCUCGCUGCCAGGAAUGGGCAGAAGAAGUGCAUGGGCAAACUGCUGGAGUACAACGCAGACGUUAACAUCUGCAACAACGAGGGACUCACCGCUAUCCACUGGUUGGCAGUGAACGGUCGCACUGAGCUCCUCCAUGACCUGGUGCAGCACGUCUCUAAUGUGGACGUGGAGGACGCUAUGGGACAGACGGCUCUGCACGUGGCCUGCCAAAACGGGCACAAAACGACGGUGUUGUGUCUUCUGGACAGUGGAGCAGACAUCAACCGGCCAAACGUCUCUGGAGCCACGCCCCUUUACUUCGCCUGCAGUCAUGGCCAAAGGGACACAGCUCAGAUUCUUCUCUCUCGCGGUGCCAAAUAUCUCGCUGACAAGAACGGAGUCACGCCCCUGGACCUCUGUGUUCAGGGUGGAUAUGGAGAGACAUGUGAGAUCCUGAUCCAACAUCACAGCCGCUUGUUCCUGACGCUCGUUCAGAUGACGCAAAAUGAUGAUAUCAGAGAAAGCAUGCUGCGGCAGGUUUUGGAGCACUUGUCCCAGCAGAGCGACUCUCACUAUCAGAAGAUCCUCAUCAGUUUGGCUGAAGUGGCCACGACCAACGGACACAAACUGCUCAGUUUGUCCAGCAGUUAUGAGGCUCAGAUGAAGAGUUUGCUGAGAAUCGUUCGUAUCUUCUGUCACGUGUUCCGUCUUGGACCCUCGUCUCCAAACAAUGGCAACGACAUGGGCUACAACGGCAACAAGACCCCCAGAAGUCAGGUCUUUAAGAUGCGAGCAAAACCACUGGAGAGAGAGGAGGGUGUGUCCACAGGCUCUGCAGCUUUAGAUCCUCUAGAGCUGCUCUGGCACUCUCUGGACGAGUGGCUGGUUCUGAUCUCCACUGAACUGGACCGAACCAGGACCGACCCGCCCGGCUCCUCCGGCAGCGAGAUCGCCUCCCUGCUGCUCAAACAGAGAGACGCCUCCUCAGCUGGCCCCGCCUCCGUGGCCUCCCUCGACCAAUCAGCCGCCUCCACUCCCUCCUGUGACUCGGCCCCCUCCUCCGCAGACUCCGCCUCCAAACUUCCCCCCGCCCUGGACCCGCAGCUGGUCGUCAUGGAAGCGGAGGCGUGCGCGGACGGCGAGGACGUGAUUUCGAUGACGGCGAACAGACUGAGCGCGGUCAUACAGGCCUUUUACAUGUGCUGCUCCUGCCAGAUGCCACAGGGAAUGACAUCUCCUCGCUUCAUAGAGUUUGUGUGUAAACAUGACGAGGUGCUCAAAUGUUUCGUGACCAGGAAUCCAAAGAUUAUUUUUAACCACUUCCAUUUCCUGCUGGAGUGUCCCGAGCUGAUGUCCCGCUUUAUGCACAUCAUUAAAGGACAGCCUUUCAAAGAUCGCUGCGAGUGGUUUUACGAGCACCUUCUGGCCGGACAGCCAGACUCGGAUAUGGUUCAUCGCCCGGUCAAUGAGAACGACAUCCUGCUCAUACACAGAGACUCUAUCUUCAGGAGCAGUUGUGAGAUGGUUUCCAAAUCGACCAAUGAGAAGCUGAAGCAGGGGAUCGUAGUGCGUUUCCACGGAGAGGAGGGCAUGGGCCAGGGCGUGGUGAGGGAGUGGUUUGACAUUUUGUCCAGUGAAAUCAUCAACCCGGACUACGCUCUGUUCACUCAGUCUGCCGAUGGCACCACGUUUCAGCCGAACAGUAACUCCUCAGUGAACCCGGAUCAUCUGAACUAUUUCCGGUUCGCGGGGCAGGUCCUGGGUCUGGCUCUGUACCACCGCCAACUCGUCAACAUCUACUUCACCCGCUCCUUCUACAAACACAUCCUUGGUAUCCCAGUGAACUACCAGGACGUGUCCUCCAUCGACCCAGAGUAUGCCAAGAACCUGCAGUGGAUCCUGGACAAUGACAUCAGUGACCUGGGCCUGGAGCUGAGCUUCUCUGUGGAGACGGACGUGUUCGGAGCCAUGGAGGAGGUGCCUCUCAAACCGGGGGGCACUGCCAUCUUAGUCACCCAAGACAACAAGGCGGAGUAUGUGCAGUUGGUGACGGAGCUGAGGAUGACCAGAGCCAUCCAGCCCCAGAUCAACGCCUUCCUCCAGGGCUUCCACACCUUCAUCCCUCCCUCCCUCAUCCAGCUCUUCGACGAGUACGAACUGGAGCUGCUGCUGUCGGGGAUGCCAGAGAUCGAUGUUCAGGACUGGUACAAAAACACAGAGUACACCAGCGGGUACGACCAGCAGGAGCCAGUCAUUCAGUGGUUCUGGGAGGUGGUGCACAGUCUGACCCAAGAGGAGAGGGUUCUGCUGCUACAGUUUGUGACGGGGAGUUCGCGGGUCCCUCACGGAGGCUUCGCGUUCCUGAUGGGAGGAGGAGGUCUACAGAAGUUCACCAUCGCUGCAGUGCCAUACACAUCCAACCUGCUGCCUACCUCCAGCACAUGUAUCAACAUGCUGAAGCUCCCAGAGUACCCCAGCCUGGACGUCCUGAGAGACCGUCUGCUGGUCGCUCUUCACUGCGGCAGCUAUGGAUACACCAUGGCCUAAAAGUAUAGUCCAUAGCCUAAAAGUAUAUAGUAUAUAGCCCACACGACGGCCUAAAACUUCUCCAUGGCCUAAAACUAUAGUCCACACCAUGGCCUAAAACUAUAAACUACACCAUUUCCUAAUACUAUAAACUACAGCAUGGCCUAAAACUAUAAACUACACCAUGUCCUAAAACUAUAGUGCACACCAUGGCCUAAAACUAUAGACUAUACCAUGCGUCUCCAACCUUUUUCCAUCAGACAGCUCCCUUUACAAAACAAAAUUAAGAGGGAGCUACACAUUUUUGUGUUGCAAGAAAUGUUGUUUAUAUAACAGCCAUGGUAAGCCUUAUGAGGUAAAGUUAAAUACCUUUAAAAAAAUGAACUAUUAUAUGUAUUAGUGCUCAAAAUGAGACAUCAAAAUUAGAUUUGCAAGGGUAAUUAAUCAAAUUUUACUCAUUCAGAACAAUACGUAUAAUUUAGGAGAGCCACUGGAGGACUAAAACUAUAGUGUACACCACGGCUUAAAACUAUCGUCUACACCACAACCUAGAACUACAUCACUGUCUAAAACUAUACACUAAAACAAUAGCAGGGGUCUCCAGCUUUGUUCCUGUGGUGAGCUACCUUUACAAAACGAAAAUGCCAGAGAGCUACUCGUUUUAACGGUUGCAAGAAAUUGAGAAAGAAAUUAGAACAGUGAGAUGCCUUUAAAACAUAAACCAAUGUCCAUCUAUUAGUGCACAAGUCGGCAUCAAAAUGACAUAUUUACAGUGGGAAUUAAUCACAUUUUAGUUUUUAAGAACAACACAUAUAAUUCAAAAAAUCUCUUGGCGAGUGACUUGGAAAGGGGUGGAGAGCUACUAGUACCUCCUAAGCCGCUGGAGAUCCUUGAACUAUAGACCACACCACGGUCUAAAACUAUAGUCUACACCAGGGGUCUCCAACUUUUUUCUUCUGGUGAGCAACCUUUACAAAACAAAAAUGCCAGAGAGCUACUCAUUUUAGAGGUCACAAGAAAUGUGAGUAAAUAUAAGAGCCUUAGAUGGGGUACAGUUUGAUGCAUUUUUGGAAACAUUUACGCAGCUAUUAUCCAUUUAUUAAUGCGCAAAGAUAUCCAUCAGAAUUAGACAGUAGUAAUAGACAUUUAAUUAAAUAAAAUGUAGUUUUUCAGCACAGUACGUAUAAUUCAGAAAUCCCUUGGCGAGUUACGUGGAAGGUGGUGGAGAGCUUCUGGUAGCUCCUGAGCUGCAGGUUGGAGACCCCUGAUCUAUAGAUUACACCAUGGCUUAAAACGAUAAUCUACAUUAUCGCCUAAAACUAUAGCCUACACCCCUGCCUAAAACAGCAGGUUUACGAUGAACACAGUGUAAAGUCAUGAUCCGAGGGAAUCAAAAAUUCUCACUAAAUCCAAAAGUAUCCAUGGGUUUCAGAAUCACAAGAAAAAUUAUAAAAAAAUUAGGACAGUUGUCAUAGCUAUUAAAGAACACCUAUUAUGCAAAAUCAACUUUUUAGAGAUUUUAAGCAUGUCUUGAUUGUUUCCUCUUCUCAUUCCCCCUCUCAUAGUUGUAUUUGGAGUAAUUCACGCAACAGUAAAUUUCCAACUGGGAAGUCAGCGGAAUAGUUUCUGUGACUAAGGCCCCAUUCACACUAAUACGUACUCAAGUCGUUUUCGUUGUGGAUGCAGUGUUCGUCCACACUAAUCCGAUGGAAAACAGCUCCAGAGAUGGAACUAUUUGGUGCCGCCAAGUCCCAUGAACUCAUCUGAGUACAGAUCUGAUCCUGCAUUGUGUGCACGCCUGAAAAUGCUGAUGCACUGAUGUAGAUCUAUGCACCGCAAAGUAAUUCACCGCCAAAACACUAAGAGGCUAGAAUAUAUGUCCAUUCAUAUAUAUACGGUCUGUGUGUGACCUGCAUACGUAUAAUCUCUGAAAAGUUUAACAUGAACCAUCUCCAACGCGAUAGAAACACAGAACAGACUCACCAUCAACAGAACACCCCUCUGUCACAGAAAGAACACUCAUAUUCCACCGAGUCAUGUCCUUUAGUCCGACAGAAGCUGAACCGCAUCAGCGCACAAUAGCGAGCUGUUUUUUGAGCGCUUAGUUUAUGCAGAUGAGCCAUGUAGUUUUAAGUUUUGUUUCUGUAAAAUGUAAACAAAUAUGCUCAAAGCUGUGUGGAUAGGGAAGGCUUGUGGACACAGAAACGACGUGUCUGGACGCAAAUCAUUUCCAAUACAGUGAUACAGUGAUUCGUUUCAGUGUAAAGGUAGCCUAAGUCAUUUUAGAUAAAUGAAAAAUGUCCAAAAUAUAAUGCAAUGGUCAACGAGUGACAUAGAUUAUAACUAUAUAGCAGACAGAAGCCCAAUAUGUCUUCUUUAACAAUUUAAAACUCUGUCUUUUGAAUGGCUGAGAGUCCUCAAAAUUUUGCUGUUGAUGUUAAAACAAGAAGCUGAAACCCAUGAAUAACACGUCUUCUUUAAUAUUCUACAUUUAAAGGUGCACUGUGUAACUUUUCGGUUAGGCAUUCGUCACCUUCUUGUUUCUUUCUGUAUCAUCGCUUUGCUUAGAAUGUUCCGUAAUAUGACAUGAAACAGAUCUACCUUAUAUUUAUCCAGUUACAGGUAGCUUAAAAAUACCUAGAAAAACAGGGAUUCUGACUGUGAGCGGGGUCGCCUCUCCCCAGAUCUGACCUGUAACUUGGUCCGGUUUGGUCUCCAUGAAGACAGAAAGGUUUAAUGCCAUACUGUGAAACAUUCCAGACAAAGUAAUAACAUCUUCAUGGAGAAAAAACAUUUGACGGACCCUCCACCAGUUAAAUAAAAGUUACACAAUGUACUUUUAAUUGCUAAAAACUCCACAGACCUGACCUGGGAUAACUUGAGAUUCCAGCCACCUCCAUGGAGACAACCAGGCAGACACUCCAUUAGAAAAGUUACGUAACACACCUUAAAGUCAAUUCACAAUCUUUCAUUUUUGCACCAUGGCCAAACAUUAAACGCCAACCGACUCGACUGCUGUACUGCUUUUCCCGUAGAGACUCAUUUUGUAGACUUUUGCUGGACUCAAAAGGAACUGAGCUGCUGGAGACAGUCGACAGUGGCUCCGCUGUCUAUUUUUAUAACACACGGACCUGAUAUUUUCCUGCUUAGAUGUGUAUAUAUACAUGGACAGCAUUUGAAUCACUGAAUGUUGUUUUGAAAGAUGUUAAAUAGUGGUAAAGAUGUAAGGUUUCGUAUUUGUCAAAGCACAAAUCAUGUCUGAAAAGGCCAGUGUCAGGAGAUGUGUUUCGUGAUCUAAUCCGUUUUGAACAUUUUAGUGGAAUUAUUUAAGGUCUUGUUUGAGUUUUAUUGGCACACUCCACUCAGAGAGAUCAGGAGUAGGGUGAUCAGAUGUUCCUAUUUACCCGGGACAGUCCCAGUAUUGAGCCCUGAGUCCCCUGUCCCAGCAGUUUUAUCUAAAACCAGUGAUUUGUCCCAGUUUUAUACAAGUAAUGUCCCAGGUGUCCCUAUUUUGGACCAAUUUAAUCAAAACCAAGACUGAAGUAAGUCUAAAAUAGGUCUACAUAAGGUCUAAACUUGGACUAAAACAGGACUAUCACAAUUUUUUGAAUAAUCUGAUUCCUGCCAACCAUAAAGAGAACCAUAAAUUGUCAUUUGUUUUGCCAAAAUGCAGAAAACUGUGCCCAUAAUCCAAAAAAAUAUGGAGAGAUAGAAGCACCUCAGAUUAUGACUGACACUAGAAUACACAAUGUUAUGCACUUUUUUCACAAUUUUAUUUAUACCAAACAUCCCAACCCGGUGUGUCCCAGUUUUUGAAAAUCUGGUCACCCUAAUCAGAAUUCUAACUAGUAUUGUUUUGAUAUCAUUUUUGGGGGAUCCGAUACCGAUACUUGGCCUUAGUGCACUCUCCGAAAAGAUACCAGUAAUAGUAGACAAGACUAGUCAAUUUUUUUACUUUACAAGAGCAAAAAAUAACUACUAAAAGGCUAUCUCUAAAGAAAAUGCAAAAGAAUGUGAUUUUGAGGGCUUAAGUAUUAGAGUCAUAUAUGUACCGUAUUUUUCGGACUAUGAGGUGCACUUAAAAUCCUUUUAAUUUUCUAAAAAAUCAACGGUGCGCCUUAUAUAUUAAUUCUGGUUGUGCUUAAUGACCUUGAACCGAUUUUAUGUGGUACACGGCACUCAAAAAUCUGUCAAAAUGUUUUAGUACGACUUUGGUAAGCUAUGAAGCCGCACCGCUUGAUGGAGUGUCGGAGCAUUAUGGUUACUGUAGUCAGGAGCCACGCAGAGUCCGACAGAAGCUGAACCACAUCAGUGCACAAGGAGCGAGCAGUUUUUUCAGCGCUUAUAGUUUAUGCAAAUUUGCCAUGUGGUCUUAAGUUUCGUCUCUGUAAAUCAUAAACAAAUGUGUGCAAAGCUGCAUUAAACACAUUAUUACUCAAUGUAUAUUUGAGACGUCCUCGUAGGAAAUAAAAAAAUAAACUUAAAUUAUCCUCCCACAUUCACACUCAUAAAACACAUUCACCAAGACAGGGAGGCAACGCCAGGCGAAUUACGAUUUCCGCCAAUGGAUCAUGGACACCUCGGUUAAAGGAUCAGUCUCAAGUGUCGUCCGUUUGUUUCGCUUAAUACUCCUUAUAAUCCGGUGCACAUUAUGUAUGAAAACAGACGAGAGAAUUCAGCAUUAUUGAUAUGGCACCUUAUAAUCCGGUGCGCUUUAUAGUCUGAAAAAUAUGGUAUGUAUGAUUUAAGCACUUUUAUUUUUCUAGUUCAUCAUUUUGGGCCACAGAGCAAAUAAAAACAACAGUGAGGCUUGUAAAAAGAUGCUCAUCCUCGCUGCGGUUGGGCUGCUGUCUCCAUAGUUAUUUUACUAAAUUCAGCGUCUACACCAAACUCUAAAAAAAGGUAUCACAGAGGAAAAACAAAUGUCUUUUUUUGUUUUUAUUAGAGUGUUUUGAGUGUCCACAGAGCUUCCAGAGUCUGUGUUUAACCUGCUCUGAGCGUCCUCAUUCACAAAAAUACACAGCGGUAUCGGAUCGGUGAUUUGGUCUGAAUACGAUACGAUACCUGAAAAAUGUGUGGUAUCGGAGCUUUUGCCUAUACCAGUAUCGGUAUCGGAACAACCACAACCUUCAUAAAAAGAGAGGAGGAGUGGCCUCACAUCUACUGAAGCAAUGCACCUUUUACACAUUAUCACUCUAUGAAAUUAUCCAUGUAUUUUCUAUGUCAAGGAGUAAUCGUUUAGUAUUAAGACUUUUGCUUAAAUAUUACGAUUCUGAAGCAACUUUUUGAUAUGAAUAAAUAAGUUGGUUAAAUCAUAUUACAAUUUGAUUAGAAAUGUAUUGGUAAUGUACAGUUGUCACGUUCUGUUGUUUAUGUUAAUGUUUAUUUUUUAGUCCUUUUCCUGCCUGUUUUGCUCUUGCCAAAAUAUUUCAAGAUGCCAAUUAUUUUGUUUGCCAAAAUUUAAAGGGCCAGUUCCCAAAUUUGAACCAUGAGUGAAAAGAUGUUAGCCCCAUCGUCUUGUAUAAUCCCGUCUGAGUCUGAUGUUGAACCAUGAUGGAGAAACAGCCGUCUAGAUUAGUCCCAAGCACUUGUUUUGUCAUGGUUUUCAUCCAACUAAAUGUGUUUUAGAUGUAAAAGGUGGAAUUAUUCAGUGUCAUAUUUUAUAGGGCUGCAACAAACCAAUAUUAGAGUAGAGUUGGCCAGACUAAUGAUUAUUUCUAUUGUGGAUUAUUGAGACUUUUUAAAUACAUGUUCAAUCACUUUAAGUAUUGAAAUAUGCUAUAAGGAAGAGGAAGAGAGGAGGAGAAAGGGGAGUAGGAGAGAAGGAGAGAGAGGAGAAGAGAAGAGAAGAGGAGAGACAGGGGAGAGGAGGAGAGACAGGAGAGGGAGAGACAGAAGAGA